AUCGUAUCUGGACUUUAGACUGUAAUUCGAGACUAUUGGGAGACACGUGGCCCCCGAGCUCUGGGUGCCAUCCACCGCGAACAGCCCGUGCACUGUGCCACAACCACCAGUCGAAGCGGGGCUUCGGAUACUUCAAUUCUGUGAUACGCCGUCCGUCCGCAUACGAAAUCAACUGCCCCACUGUCAGCUCCUCAUAGCUAGACAGAGCGGCCUUCGCGUUAUUGUCUUCUUAAUCUCUUUGUUGGGAUGAUCCCUUUCGCCUUCCCACCACCUCUGGAUUGACUUUUACGGAAAGGAAGGUUCUUGCGGAAUGAGCGGGCAUCGACCGGGGAACUCGCAGUAUGCAUCCGAGUACUCGGGUCGGCCUUUGGUGAACGUCUGCAUUGCGUUUGCAGUCCUCGAGACAUCAUUUAUCAUCGCGUUUGUCUUCUCGUGGCACCUCAAUAGGGACAGCAGCAGUCACAACACGAAGGGGGUAUACGCGCUCAUACUGCUUACCUACCUAUUCACCUUUGCGGGUGUUGUGAUAUGCCUACUCAAGAUAACAAACGGGGGAGUGGGGUAUCAUGCAAGCACUUUACAACCGGAAACCGUUCGGACCGCACUUCAACUCAUGACCGCGCAUGAGGCCACCUACACUGUGGCGAUUGCCUUCCCCAAACUCGCUAUCUUAUCUCUGUACUUGAGACUUUUUACGGCGAAGGUGGCAAGAUACCUUCUAUACCUAACAGGGGUCGUAAUCAUUGGAGCUUGCCUCUUUGGAAUUUUGGCUGUCUUCACCAAUUGCCGGCCUUUAACUUCGUUCUGGGACCUCCGCUUCGAGGACUGUACCGUGGACCCCAUGAUGGCCUUUCGGCUCUACGGUAUCCCGAUCAUUGCGACAGAUGUUGUCAUACUUGUCGUGCCUAUAAUAGCUUUGUGGAGGUUGAAAGUAAGCGUGUGGGAGAAGCUUGCGGUGGCUCUUACCUUUCUCGUCAUUGCCUGCGGCAUCGUCGCUUCGGUCUUGCGGCUGGUAGCUUUUGUCAAAACCGAUAUCUUCGAGGACACAACGUACCUCUGCAUCUCUACGAGCAUCACGACGAUUAUCGAGCCCGGCAUCUAUCUGGUAGCCGCGACCGUGCCUACUCUUAAACCGGCUGUUCGACAAAUGUGCCAGAGGAUUUUCUUCAUGCGUCCUGCUAUCGCAAGCGGAUUCCGUUCGUCGCGGCGGUCAAACAUGCCCCCCGUGCCAGCAGUGGAACAGCCACGCCUUAUACGGCAUAUCCCAACGAAGAAAUCCUACGAGACGCUUGGCCAACGGCCAAAGAAGACACUGCAAUUGGACGAUUACCACCGAGUCCGAUAUGGACCCGGACUUGUUAGCCUGAGCACAGCAGAUGAGGAGAGCAUGGUGUGCGCGGAUGCGAUUGUUCAUGAAACGAUGGGAAGACAGGGAAGGAACCCGGACGGAACGUUGAGGGCAUACUCGCUGCAGCCGAUGCAGUUCAGCCCGCUAAGGACGUCCUUCUUUCUUGACAAGUCCGAUUCGGACACCUCUAGGUCUGCCAAAUAGCAAACAUACUGCGAUGGUCGAGCCUGGUGGUCUCCACGAGGGCAGGCAUGCGAGGUCCUGCCUGUUUGGUUGACGUGCACCACGGCUGUGGUUCGGACUCGCAUUCCGUUUCUCCGCAUUAUCCACACCUUCGGGAUCUAAUAAU